GAACGGCACCAAUCUUUUUUUGUUUAUAAAUUGAAAUAAUUAUGGUUGAUACAAGACCGAACAGCACUUUUAUCAACUCGAAAAAUUAUAUUUGACAUUUGGUAAUCAAAUCAAUUAAAUGGGAUUGAUAACACAUUUCCAAGUAGCUGCAACACGUCAUCCGCUUAUCCAGAGCUGAUUAACUAUUUCUGGAGCUCCCUUACUUUUUGGGGGUAUGCCCCAAAACGAUGUCUCACGUUGAACUUUGUGCCCCUCAACCGAUCCAUUAAAACAAGUCGGCCAGGACACCGCAACGGAGUGAGUAACAAACAUUGGACCCAAGGCCCUUGAAUAUUUUUGUGACUUUAUCACGACUUAUUGAGGCUUAUUUCAAAUGAAUCACGGCCAGCGACAGGCCUACCGUAAAGCGGAGAACGCGAGUAUCUACCAGCUGAUAAAAUAUAUCAAUUGUCAGAUAUCUUUUUUGCUGAUAGCUACUACUUACGCGCAAAUAUUUCAUAAAAGCUCGCCCAGUCCGCCAGUGGCUACCAAUCCGAACGAACCGAUCCAGCUCCUUGCAAGGCAAGGCAAACAUAGAACGCUGUUUAUUAUAUAAGGCAGAAUAUGACUACCACAUAUGUCACAGCGGGUCCAGUGCCCGUCCAGCAAACCACCUACAUCACCACGGGACCCCAGCAGAUACAGACCACGUAUAUCACCAAUGGACGCCAACCACCACCGCCUCCUCCACCAACCACGGUGGUCAUCACCCAGUCAAACAGCCGAUGGGCAAACCCUUCUCAAACGCAAUCCGGAACAGCAGCCACCCUUCUCUUCGUGUAUGCUGGUAUGGACAUGGCCCAAGGACUUGGUUGGAACUUGACUGCCGUUUUUGCCAGCACGCUGGAGUUCCAGUACAGUUGGUUUAUUGGCGUUAUAAUCGGAGCUGUGGUGUCCGCCAUUACAUCAGCAUUUCUGCCCAAAAUUGUAUUUUAUGGUCUGGGUGGUGUGAUGAACCUAAUUGAUGCCAUUAUCUUUGUGAGUGCUCCAUAUGAGUAUGAGUCGAUCCUGGCCGCCCGCUAUGUGGGAGGAGUUGGGAUAGGCUUGAUUACGGUUCCAUUCCUAAUCCAUAGUGCUGAGAUCGCUUCGAGUACAAACAGAGGAACCUGCUGUGCAUUGGAGCAAUAUGCUCUGGCACUGGGAGUGGCCAUUCAAGUAAUCUACGAUUCGCAGUGGGCUCAGGGAUUGGGCAUGACCAUCAACCGAGUGCACGGCAUCUUCGGAAUUGUCUUUACGGCCAUUGCCCUGGGAAGCGUAGCAAUCACGAUCGACUCGCCGAUCUUCUAUAUCCGCCAAAACCAGGAGCAAAAGGCACGUGCCAGUGUGAAACAGCUAAUGGGAUCCAGUUGGACUCGAGAGGCUGGAGAUCGAGCCUACGACGAGGCCAAGCUGUACGUGGUGGAGGGCACCGCCCAGGGAGUAGGCGAGCAGCUGGGAGAAUCCAUGAUGCCCUUCCUCAAGCUGCUGCUCUUUCGCUGCUUCGUGGCUUUCACCUUCUCGGUGCCGCUGUCACAUUCAAUACUGACAACCACGGAGCUGGUGGAGGGCACCCUGUACUCCUGGCCCACGAUUGUAUUCGGAAUUCUACGCCUGAUCGGUGCCCUGAUCACCUUCGCGGUUCUGGACACCGUGGGCCGAAAAUUUGUCUCCCUGCUUGGACUCAUUUGCAUGGCUGGAUUAAUGCUGGGCAUGGCCGGAGUCUACGGGGACUAUGCGCACAUCUUUGAUGAUUACUUCAUGUGGCAGGUGUGCCGUCUGGGCAUGGCAUUCCAGUUCUUCGCCGGUUUCUUCAUCUGCAGCUCAUCCGUUUAUCUGGGCGAGGCCUUUCCGUUGAGAGUGAAACCCUUCUUAAUUGGCCUGAUUGUGUGUCUAGAGCAGGUGAUCCACAUCAUAGUGAUCGUCAAAUUUGUUCCCACACCGGAGUUCUAUUACACGUACUUCGUCGCUGUCGGAAUUAUUAUGGUAAUAGGCCUCGUGGCUUUUGCCGUUCUAAUGCCAGAGACCCGAGGAUUGACGCUAAGGCAAGCAGGCGAACGCUUCCGCCGGGUGCACGAUGUCAUGGCCUACUAGUGGCUUCUACUCGUAUUUAUUGUUUGUCCAAUAAACUGUUGACCUCAAAUAA